AUGUCUUUAGUGUAUGGAAGCAUGGAGAACAAAGGGAUUAGUCGAAUCGAGAUUUUUGCUAACCUUUUGAAGUUGUGUUUAAGUAAAAUACCUGACGAGAUAUCUAGUACUAACGGCUUUACCAACCUUAUAAGAGAGAUAACAGAGAUAACAGAUAAUUUUUUGGAUUCGUUGUAUAGUCACGAUAAACAGAUUUUGCAACAAAGAGCGCUGUACAGCCUUAGGUUUGAGUUUAUUCAGUCAUGCAAACAAUUCAGCGAAACCUUGAAAGCAUAUAACCGUGAUAAAAACCAAACCUCAGUUAUCUCUCGAGCGAAUCAACUAGUUCUGUGCACAAACACCAUUCUUGAUGCUCUUCGUUGUGGCAAAUGA